AUGCAGUUCGCCUUGCAAGCCUUCGCCUUCGCCACUGGCGCCAUCUGUUACGCGGGGUACUUCAACCGUGGCGAGCACCACUUGCAUGGUAUAACUUACAUCCAAAUACACACCAUUGCAUUUGCAGUCUUGGUUGCUCUGCAGUAUCGACUCGGCCUUUCCCUGGACAUUGCUUUCAGACAAUCAUGCUUGUAUGAUGGCAUCUUUCUACUCGGAUUAUAUGCGAGUCUUUUCGUCUACCGUGCUUUUCGACACCCACUGAACAUCUUCCCCGGGCCAUGGAUUGCUCGAAUUAGCAGUUUCUACAUGACCGCUUCCAUUCGCCGCAUGCAAAUGUACAAGACGCUGCACGAACUGCACCAAAGAUAUGGCUACUUUGUGCGCAUUGGCACCCAAGAACUGUCUAUAACGCACCCGAAGGCGGUUCAGCAAAUAUUUGGUGCCGACUCGGUGUGUCAGAAGGGACCCUGGUAUGACCUUACUCGGCCGCAGGACUCGGUGCUGCUCCGACGGACCUUUGCUGGGCACGCGGAACUGCGCUCAGUCUGGAGUCAAGCCUUCUCUACAAAAGCGGUCCGGAGCUACGAGACGCGAAUCCACCCAUACAGGGCCAAACUCAUGCACGAGCUUGAUGCUCACGCCGGGCAGCCGGUGAAUGUUAACCACUGGUUGGGGCUGUAUUCGUGGGAUGUUUUGAGCGAUCUGUCGUUCGGUCACCCCUUUGGCAUGCUGGAUACCAGGGAGCACCACUGGGCAAUGGACAUCCUCGACAACGGAAUGAGCGUUAUCGGAAUCCAUCUGCCAAUGUGGUUUUUCCACAUCCUGCGUGCCCUCCCCGGCGGCAACAAGGACUUGAAGGUCAUGCUAAAGUACUGCACCGAAGAAAUGCGGAGGAGAUGGGAGAACGAACCUAAAAUACCAGACGUGAUGAGUGCCCUCUUUGCACCAUACCGGAAACAGGAGAAAGUGUUCGACGAGACAGCGAUAAACCUCUUGGCUGGAGAAUCACACCUACUUAUCAACGCUGGAAGCGAUACCACACGAAUCACCAUGUCUUGCAUCCUGUGGAUUCUUGCCCAACGACCGGAGCUCGCGGACAGACUGCGCGACGAGUUGAAGCCAUAUGUUCCGCAGUCUCCGGACGAACUCGUAAUGGACGAUCAAAUCAGAAAUCUGGACCUGCUGAAUGGGGUUGUUCAAGAAGCACUUCGCAUGUGGCCACCAAGUCCCAGCCACCCAACGCGGGUCUCUCCGCCCGAGGGCACCAUCAUCGCCGGCCGAUUUAUUCCUGGCGGAACACAACUGAUAGCCCCCCAGUACGUCAUCGGGCGAGACGAACUCAUAUUCCCCCGAGCGAAUGAGUUUAUCCCUGAGCGGUGGUACAGUCUUCCCGAGUUGAUCAAAGACAAGAAUGCGAUAGCACCAUUCUCGCUGGGCCCAAUGAAUUGCGCCGGGAAGCAUCUGGCUUUAACCAACAUCCGAGUCACCAUCGCGAGGCUGGUCAUGCACUAUAAUCUAAAGUUUGCCCCAAGUCAGACUGACCCGGUAGCUGGGUUCGAGCAAGGCAUGUAUGAGCAUUUUGCAAUGCAGGCUGGCCCACUAUACCUGUGCUUGGAGAGGCGGAACAAAUAG